GACGUCGCCAGAAUGUAAACAAUAACAGGCGGAGGAGGAGGCGUGUGUUAACAUGUAAAUUCAAGAUAAUCAGUGUUGCAGAUUAUGUCAGGUGGACAAAAUGGAGACAGAGGAAGAAGAGGACGAAGAAGGGGAUAUGGCCCUAAUGGAUUCGAAGAAACUGGGGGUUAUAUGGCAGCCAAGAUUGCCAAGUUAGAGAAACAGUAUGAAUUAUCUACAAAUGCUGCACAGGACAACAGUCAAGGGAUCUUUAGAGGCAUUGCCAUAUUUGUAAAUGGAUAUACAGAACCCACAGGGGAGGAACUAAAACGCAUAAUGAUGGUCAAUGGUGGCACCUACCACCAUUAUUAUUCUCGAAGCAAGACUACACACAUAAUAGCUAGUAAUCUUCCGGAUACAAAAGUAAAAAACAUGAAUACAGAAAGGAUUGUGAAUCCAAAGUGGAUUACAGAUUCUCUACGUGCUGGUCGUGUUCUAGAUUAUACAAAGUACCUUCUUUAUACAAACCAAAGUGGAAGUCAACCAAAACUUCCCUUCAAAGCAUUAUCAUUUGACAAAACUGAAAAGAUGAAACAAGAUAUGUCAUCAUCAGUAUCAAGUGAUGGAGAAGUAGGUCAUAAAACACAGUCUUCAGUAGAAAUGCAAGAAGCAAGUAGUCAUGAUCAAACAUUAGACAUUACUGAUACUUCCGGCCAAUCUGCGGAUAAUUCUGGCGAUAAAACAAAUUUAGACAUUACAAAAAAACAAACAAAAACAGGGGAAAGUCCAACAAAGGGACAUUCUAUGAGUACUGCUAACCCAAAAUUCCUUUCUGAGUUUUAUAAUAAUUCCAGACUCCAUCACAUAUCAACAAUGGGAGCUAUUUUCAAACAGUAUGUCAAUGAGAUAAAAAGAAAAGGUAGUUCAUUUCCUGGCAGAAAACGAUUAAUGGAAUGGCUGAAGACUUCUGCUAAGAGUACAAUAAAACCAGAAGGCACCCAGCAUCAUCUCAAUAAAGGCUUCAGACUCAAAAGUAAAAGAGUCAUCAUGCACAUCGAUAUGGACUGCUUUUUUGUGUCCGUUGGCCUGAGAAAAUAUCCACAUUUAAGAGGUUUACCCGUAGCAGUGACACACGCCAAGGGAAAUGCAACCUCACAAGCACGCGAGGGAAGGGAUAGGCAGUAUGAGCUCAACUACUACAAAGAACGGGCUGAAAAGAAACUAAUGAAGAAGAUGAAACCAACAAAUCAAACUCCAUUAGUGACUAAAGAAACAUUUGAUAUAUCAGAUGAAGAAUCUGUAGAUGAACCAGGAAAGUCUAACAGACCAAGCAGUGAUAAGAAGUUUUCUUCAAUACCCCUUAUUGAUGAAACAAGUUCACUGUCAGAAAUCGCGUCCUGUAGCUAUGAAGCACGUAAAGCGGGAGUAAAGAAUGGCAUGUUCCUAGGGCCUGCUUUGAAGCUGUGCCCGUCACUUCAGACCAUUCCCUAUGACUUUGAAGGAUAUAAGGAAGUCUCAUACAAGCUGUAUGAUAUAGUUGCUAGCUUCACACAUGAUAUUGAGGCUGUGAGUUGCGAUGAAAUGUUCAUUGACUUGACAGAACUCUUAAACACUUGUCAGGCAUCACCAGAGGACUUUGCAUCCCUGCUUCGGUCUGAGAUUCAGGCUGCAACUGGGUGUCCUUGUUCUGCUGGAAUGGGGCCCAACAUGCUGAUAACCCGCAUGGCCACACGUCUAGCUAAGCCCAAUGGGCAGCAUCUUGCUAUCCCAGAUGAUUUUGCCGACUACAUGAAAGAUCACAAGGUUUCAGAAUUACCGGGUGUAGGAUGGUCUCUUGGGAAGCGUUUGGAGAGUGAAGGAGUGCAUACAUGCAAGGACAUGCAAGCUUGGUCCCUUGGGCAACUGCAGACCGCUUUUGGGUCUCGCACUGGCCAGUCACUUUAUAAUUAUUGUCGGGGGAUUGAUGAUAGACCUGUGAAGAGUGAACACAUGAGAAAAUCAGUGUCUGCUGAAGUAAACUAUGGAAUUCGGUUCACCUGUGUAGCUGAUGCUGAAAAGUUCAUUGGUGAAUUAGCUGCAGAAGUUGCCAAUAGACUAAACACUGUUAAUUUGAAAGGAAAAUGCAUUACACUUAAGCUGAAGGUUCGUGCUAAGGAUGCUCCAGUAGAAACGGCAAAAUUCAUGGGUCAUGGAGUGUGUGAUAAUGUUGCUAAGUCUGUGUCUCUUUCCUCUGCAACGUGCUCCUCUGAUAAAAUAGAAAGGGAAACCUUGUCCUUGUUGCGGCAAGUGAAGGCACCACCACAGGAUUUCAGAGGUGUUGGAAUUCAGGUUUCACGUCUAGAGGGUCACCAAGGAUCAUCAGGCAAUUCUUCAUCUAAUAAAUCUGUGAAGAGUUUCUUUUUAGCUGCAAAGACUAGCUCGAAAAAAUCUCUAUUCAGUCAGGAUACAGCGGAAAAGAAAGAACGGCUUGAUAACAGCAUCUCAUCUUCCAAAACAGUUAGUAAUGUUUCAGAUAUAAAGAGGAAUGAGAGUUUUUUAGACCCUCAACCAGGACCAAGUGGGCUGCAAAGAACAGAUCUGAAGGAUAGUAAAUCAUCUAGUGAAAUCAAUCACACCUCUGGUAGUAAAAAUAAUUCAACUGGAAAAGGCACUGUUGACCUUGAUGUCUUGAUGGCCCUUCCAGAAAACUUGAGGAAUCAGGUCAUAAGUGAGUAUGAGCAGCAAGGGUAUACUAUUCCAUGUGCAGCUAAGAGUCCUGAAAAGGUCUCUUGCAAUGUGGAAAAUGAUAGUGAAUCCUUUUCUUCAUUGUCAAGUAAAACAGUAUCACCAGGUGAAAAGCAUGUUACAGGAACCUUUGAAGAUAGAAGAGAUACAUAUUCACCACACAGAACACCAACUAAUUCAGAAAGUUUGGAAUCGGAAGACCUUAUUACCAGCUUCUCUCAGGUGGAUUCAAGUUUUUUGGAUGCUAUACCUGCUGAACUGAGAGAGGAAUUGCGGCAGGACUUUGAGCACAAGAAGCAAGCUGAAGCAUCAAGAAGUGCUGUGGGAACAUCUUCAGGAACAAAGAAUAAAGAUACAUUUCUGGUGCCAGUGAUGCAGGCGCCAGUGAAAAAGGGUAACAAGGUAAAGGAUAAGAGAGGGCGACCUGGCAAGCUAGACCCACGAAAUACAGCUAACAAAGGCCUCACUAAACUCACCAGCCUGCUGCAAGGACCGAAUAAUAAAUUGUUAAGCAAGGUGGAUGAUGACUUCCAGGCCCCAUUGCCGCUGAAAAAACCCAAGGGGAAAUUGGCAAAGAAUCAAAAUAAAAAGAUUUCACCCAAAAAAGUAAAACCUCUGGAGAGGGCAUUGCCAGUGAAGGAUGUGCAAGUGCAUGGAGAGGAUGUGAGCAAUGGUAUUCCUGACGUGGGAAAGGAAAAACCAGAGCAUGUGCAGCAGGAAGAAGGCCAAAUGCUUCAGGAAAAGGAAGAAGUGCCACAUCUUUGUGGUGUUGAAGAGAUAGGUGAAGUCAAAGCUCUGAUCCGUGAGUGGGUGACUUCCUGCCCAUAUCCCGAAGAUGAGGAUGCUGAGAUACUCUCCUAUUAUUACACAAGUCUGAUUGUACAUCAUGAACUAGAAAAAUUGGACUUGCUCAUGAAAUAUCUUCUCAGGCAGAUUAAGAAGAUGCAAAACACUUUUUGGGAUAGAGCUUUCCAGAAUGUGCUUUCCUGUGUCCAGAAGUGUAUGUUGGAGCAUCAUAAUGCUAAAUUGAAGAUUGAAAACUAAUGAUAAUAACUACCAAAGUACCUGAAUCAUAGAGACAGAGAUAAUCCCUCUCUUAUAGAGUGCCUAGUACCAAAAAUCUGUUUUAUUUUAUUUUAUAUACAAACUAAUAUAAGUAAUUCAAAUUUUGAGUAAAAAAGAAAACAUAACAAAAUCUCUAGAUCUCAGUAUCUAAUUAAGGUAGUAUCUUAGUUUUGUAAGAAAAUAUCAUUAUCUGUGAUUUAGGAUGAUUAAAGUCUGUUGUAUAUG